UGUGGUGCAGUUGGUAAUCCAAUCAGUGAAAGGGAGAGUUUAAACCAAAUUAAUCCUACACCCACAGUCAAAAAGAACCCUACAGAAAGCUCAUCUGCUAACGAUUUAAAUGGCGUACAUCAGCUCAGCAAGCGGGUGUCAACUGUCUGUUGUCCUUUGUUCUUUGCCUCUUAUGUGCUCUAACUGUCCAUCUGACAGCUGCCUUCCUGUGUUCUCAAAGACUCAAACCCUUUGUUGUCAUGGAUACCUCCCCAAUGAGAUAGACUCCCAGAGGCCGGGGCGGGAUUUAGGAGACACUUGGCUGUAUAGAGCAAGAAGCAAAGACUGGGAAAGAGUACAGUAUAUCUUUAAUCUACUAAAGCCGAUCAAGGUGGUCAUCGAGUCAGCAGAGAAAACAACUUGAAAAUUAGAAUGGGGUACGAUUUGGAAAGGUUUGUAUGCUACGUGAACGAGGGUCUCCUGUGUGGCAUAUGUCACAACGUGUUGCUGCGGCCCCUCCAGGCCCCCUGUGAGCACGCUUUCUGCAGUGCCUGCAUUAGUAACUGGCUACUUGAUCACAACACGUGUCCUGAGGACAGGCAGCCGUUGGACGUGGACAGCCUUAAGCCUCUUUACAGGUACAUGCGUAAUGACCUCAACCGUCUGGAGAUUCGCUGCGUGAAUGCAAAUCGGGGCUGUGAAGUGGUGUGCAAGUUGGAGAACCUGCACACACAUGAAGAAGACUGUGACUUUGUUUUUGUGUCAAGCUCAAACGUAGGAAUGAAGACGUUUUCUAACUAUAGGUGUCCCACACAUGUCGAGAAGCGCAGUAUGGAGGCUCACCUGUCAGAAUGUAAAUUCUGUACUCGAAAGUGUCCCAGCGGCUGCAUUCUUCGCCCCUCCGAGCAGUCACGACAAAACUGUGUGGCUGAGCUACACACAGAAAUCAAAAUGCUGCGAACACUUGUACUGCUACUGAGAGUGAUGCGCCACUUGCUGCAGCAGAUAGUCACACCUGAGGAACCAAGUCAAGUCGGUGAAGGACGAGUUGUCCGGACGUGUGCCGUGCAUGCACUGAGAGCAGUACAGCAGGAGUUGGAGGAGCUAGAGACGGAGGUUGGCCAAGACAAGCUUCAGAUGGAUCCUCUUCCAACACUAAGAUUAGGACCCACAUGCGAGUUGCUUAGAAAACAGCGUAGGGAGGCAUCAAUUUUUUCCAGUAAUCCCUUUACUAAAGUCAGGCUUAAUAAAUAAAUCAGUAUUUCCAGUUGUCCAUCUAAGUUGAGUAAAGGCGCGACAGAGUGGAACCACACUGGACUGCAGCGAGAAAGGUCAUAAGAUUUCAUCUGGAGACUGGCGUGAAGAAGAGGAUAGAUUCUCUUUCCAACAGUACAAUUGUACCAAUUGUACCAGUGAGCAGUAAAUGAAAAGAAUGUGAUGUUUUAAAUGUAUUUUGUGACAUUUUUUAAUGUUUUUUCUUUUAUAGUUUGAUUCUUCCUGUGUUUCCUUAAGUUAUUUUUCUGUUGGUUUGUGUGCUAUGGACACCUUGUGUGAUUCCUGAAUAAAGAUCAUA